AUGUGGGCUGAGCUUCUGGCAUGUUCCAAGCUGUGCAAGUCGUCGCAGACGUUGCUGGAGGACUGCAAGACGUGCCUGGAGGACUUCCGCCGUGACAUCGGCUCCGACGAGGCGAUCAACGAGCCGCUGAAGCUGCUCUUGUUUUGCCAGAAGACGGAUGCUGUCGAGAAGGUGGUCGUCGCGAUCAAGUGUGUGGACGCGUGUGCUGGGUUGGCGGCAAAUUCGGACCAGUCAGAUUUGGGUGCCUUGACCAGAGAAGUUGAAUUGGCUGUUGAAUCCGUGAGCAAGUUUGCUGAGCCUGCCUUGGAGAUGAUUGCUGGCACCCUUAGAGGGUCAGCGCAGUCCAUUCCUGGUGGCGUCACGUCGGUUUGCGGUGCGGGCAUAUUGAAAAGCUGCUGGCACCUGGCUCGUGCAUGCAAGGCUGGGCAAGGAGAUCACGUAAUUAAGUUUACAGUGAAUGGCUGGGCCACCAUGCCGGAGCAUGUGAUGGAUGCAGGCAGCAAAGCCCUCCAUGACGUGUGCGCGCUGGCAGAGCAAGUGCAGGCAGCGCAAUCGAAUCUCACCGUCGAUACGUUCACCCAGGCCUGCAACUUGAUCCACAAGGUCCAGACAAGCCGCGACUUGCAGUUCUUCACAGAAACUGUGCGCGAUGGUGCCCACAGUCCAGCCAUACUCAAGAGCUUGGGCGAGGCGAUGUCGAAGGCCGCUGUGGCACAUGUGGGUGAGCCUGUGGCUUGGUUCCGUGCUUUGGUGCAGGAGGGGAAGCACGUGACGCUGCUGCAGCUGUCAGCAGCGAAUCGCACGCGUAUGGGUACAGCGGUCGAGCGACACAUCCGUUGCAUGCAGAAGAUCGAGCAUUGCAAAGUUCCACCCGAGGAUGGCUCGGGCAAGAUUUACUCAUCGACGUGGAUGAGCAAGGAGCUCGCACAUGAAGGCUUGGCAGCGGUGUCCGACCUUGUUUCCUUCUCCAAGGAAGAGGGCAACACGGAGUUCCCCGGCCUGCAGGACGCCCUGGCAGCGCUGGGAAAGAGGCUCAAUGAUACGUUGACAAAUGUGGCAAAGUCGUUGACGGACGGAAAGAAGGAGUUGUCCACGGUGCACGCGGAUGCCCUGAUCGUGCAGAAAUGCUUGGAGGAAAAUCCGGACAGCCUUGCUACGGAUGUGUUCACAGACGAGGUCUGCGCCAUCGUCAAGAAGUACGAUUCCGAUGCUACUACCGAUGGUUCGGAUGCUCCAAUCGCGAUGGCCAUUAGCAGUGCUGCCAGUCUGAACCCAAUGGAGGAGCUCGCUAGCCUCCUCAGUGGACGCAAGGAUGACUGCCAGGGUGUCAUUGACGAUACCGCUGCCUUGGCUUUGUCCGUGGCUACAGAGCAGGAGCCGGGCAGCAAAGCGUUCAAACAGACAUUGUUCAGCUUCCUCACCGCAGAGUUGCUCCUCCGGGACAGAUCGGACACCGCCCAGAUCACGAAAGACUCCACAGGGUUGAUUCGCUUCGGAAAUUCCUCUUUGGGAUUGACAAAAAAAGAGCUGCCGACAAUCGCCUCCAGCAAGCUCGAGAAGCUCUCCAAGGAUCAUCAGAAUUAA